CGGGACGGACUGAAGUGAGAGGAAUUCAAGGGUUUUUUCUGGGGACUGGUUGGGAUUCAGAGUGGGACAGGACUGAAGGGGCAAGAUGGGAAGAAGAAUUCUGAACGAAGCUCUGAGUAAGCUCGUCAAUGCAGAGAAGCGAGGCUUUGCCACUGCUCAACUUCAGCCCAUUUCCACUGUAAUGGCCUCCUUUCUCAACAUCAUGAAAAAGCGAGGAUAUAUCAAAGAUUUCCAAGUAUAUGAUCCUCAAAGAGUAGGAAAGAUAACUGUUGAACUGCAGGGAAGGGUAAAUCACUGCCGGGUUCUCACGUACAGGCAGGACAUUAAGGCACACGAAAUUGAAAAGUAUAGGAUACGUACGCUUCCAACCCGUCAGUGGGGCUAUGUGGUGAUUACAACGCCAAAUGGAGUUUUAGAUCAUGAAGAGGCAAUCCAACAGAAUGUCGGUGGUCAAGUUCUUGGGUAUUUCUAUUGAACAUUUCUUGGAUCAGUGUAAGAUGCAAGCGGGAAAGAAGUGAUACUUGUUUUGCAACUUUUCUAUGCUCUAAAUUUGCUGUUUACUUUUACUACAAGGACACAUCUUUAUGAUAAAACCCAACACUCCUUUGAGCAGUAGCCUCCCUUGGUGUGAGAUUCCUAGUGAUUAAUGAUUAUGGAAUCAAGGGAUGGGCAUGUAGUUGAUUAGAUUCACUUUUAGUUUUUGGUUUUAUAUGAUUUUAAAUACAAUCUUGGAGAGAACUGGAUCUGGAAGAAUGCCUUUUUUUUCCCCAGUAAAUAUGGAAGGAGGAUACAUUUAUGAAUUGAAGAUAAACCUGUACACAACCACGCGUGCACACGUAUUUGUGGAAAUUGGCUAGAAAUCAUGAUGAAUGUUGGUUGUAAAAUUUGUUUUGCUUUUGCUUUUGCUUUUGUAUCUGAGCUCAUCAAGCCUAACAUUUGAAAAUAACAGCAUUGAAGAUAUAUUUCUAUA